ACCCUUUUCAGUGCGUUAUGACCUUUCGCUCGUGUCGCAUGUCGUCCGGAGAUUGAACGUUCACAGCGCCGUGCAGUUCGGCUAUAUCAGCAGGUGUACCCAGACAGUUCCCAGUCUCAGGUUGUGUGUUGCACGUUAGUGUGAAUGAAUACCUGUUGAAGUAUAGUUCUUACGCCAGCAGUGAUAUAGCAUCUAUUCGAGAAAUUUUAGGAUCAGUGUAUCGGUUGAUGCUUUACCAACUCUUCCCUUCAAACAAACGAGUUUCACACACCGUAGCGCACUGGUACGAUCAACCUGCCUUCAGUCCGGAUCCUCAAAUCGAACUUCAAUCUAUCCCAGAUAGCUGGCAGCGUUUUUCUAGCACUACUCGCCGAUUCGUCAGUAGUUUCCAGGUCUACCAUGUUCGUAAAUGCACUACCAGGCAAUUGUUGUUGGUUUCUGUCGUUUAGCUUGCGUUAGCGGACAAACUCAAUAGUGUACUCCAUAGUAACUUGGCCAUCUUAGUAUGCGACUGGACGACGUGGAACAACCUGUUCAACGUAACAUACCGUUCUAUAUUCUUUAUGGUCGGUGGUAACAGUGUCCUAUUUGUUGCCAAGAACAUCGUAACAACUGGCUCUGUGUUUGCUGUUGCUGCUAGCUCUUCGCGAUCGCGGCCUUCCACGUGGGCAAUGGCGCUCAAAUGACGCCACACUAAAACCAAGUGCUUGGGUAAAAAGAGUCGCAUCCAAUCCUCGAUAAUCAACCCCCAUUAUACGGAAUACUCAUAUAGUGUUUUUUUUUGUUGCCACUACCUCAAUACCUCAAUUCGCCACACACCAUCAAUUCUUUGGACAUUCUCAUCGCUUUAAUCAGGCUUGAGCUGCCUUUGGAUCCCAAUACACCAUCUCUGGUGGAUGUCUGGUGAUCUAGUCCAGGUGGAAGACUCAAAAAGGCAUACCCCACAAAUCUAACUCAUAGCGAAUAGACCAUCUAAGUAUGGAAUUUGCCUGCGCGGCAGUAAGUGAAUGGUUUCAAUGAGAAAACAUAGAUGCAGAGCGAAUACUUUAGUUGACGUGAACUGGAGUCUGCUGUGUAGUCGUAUGUAAUGGAAUUGUUUUGGUUUUUAUCGCUUCUUCCCCUUAGUCCCCAGGUAUCCCGUUUCGUAUCAGUCCACCCCGACAACAGAACUCGCACGCCUUUCUAACAUAACGAACCGACCGGCUAAUGGGUACGCACUUGGUGGGUGAGCUUGUUUGUUAAAUGGUUACCUGGUAAUAACCUGGUGCCUUCUAGCGCAGUAACUGUUCAUCGCUGUUGGAUCUAAAGCAGCCUGGUGCCGAACAGUGAUGACAGACAGCGAUGUGGCGAGCGCCGCCGGGCUAGCCCUACCGGGUGUUCCCACGAGGCCGCUACUUCCUUUGCGUUCCAACGUGCUACUGAACGAGUUCUCUCUGCGGCGUGGCAAUGUGUCAACCGUUAAUGGUACGGGUGAGUUGUUGCUACUGAUGCUGCAACAGGUGAGCGAGGCGAACCCGGCGGUAGCACAUGGCGUUGUUCUGCCGUCAGCGGAGGAGAUGAGUGAACUGUACGGUCCCAAACGCGACCCGCUCUACGUGGUGAUCCCGAUCACGAUCAUCUACCUGCUGAUCUUUGUCAGCGGCGUAGUCGGCAACAUCAGCACUUGCAUCGUGAUUGCCAAGAACAAAUCGAUGCACACUGCCACCAAUUACUACCUGUUCAGCCUGGCCGUGUCCGACUUCGUGCUGCUGAUCUCGGGCGUCCCGCAGGAGAUCUACUUCAUUUGGAGUAAGUACCCGUACGUGUUCGGCGAGGCGUUCUGCGUUCUGCGCGGGAUCGCUGCCGAGACAUCGGCCAACGCGACCGUACUCACCAUCACUGCCUUCACCGUCGAACGGUACGUCGCGAUCUGCCACCCGUUCCUGUCGCACACGCUGUCGAAGCUGUCCCGCGCCGUUCGCAUCAUCAUCGUGAUCUGGUUGAUCGCGGUCGUCUCGGCGGUGCCGCAGGCGCUGCAGUUCGGUAUCACCAGCCAGGCCGGCAUGGAUCAGUGUGUGGUGAAGCGCAUCAUCAUCGCGCACUCGUUUGAGCUGUCGACCUUUCUGUUCUUUUUCGCUCCGAUGACGCUCAUCACCGUGCUAUACGCACUGAUCGGUUUGAAGUUGCGCUCAUCCGCGCUAAUGCCGACCCGAGGCAGCUCGCUGCAGCACCGCAGCAGCAGUACUCUUUCGCCCACCCACCGUCAAAGUUCCAUCGCCAACAGCCAGUGCACGCGACGGGUCCUCAAAAUGCUCGUGGCCGUCGUGGUGGCGUUCUUUUUAUGCUGGGCUCCUUUCCAUGCUCAGCGGCUGGUGUAUAUCUACGGUGUCGAUAAGGAUCACCAGCCGUCCGAUCCGCUAGUACUGAAGCUGUUCAUCGUAACUACGUAUAUUUCCGGCAUCCUGUACUACCUGUCGACCUGCAUCAAUCCGCUUUUGUACAAUAUCAUGAGCAAUAAGUUCCGGCAAGCAUUUAAGUCGAUUUUAUUUAGGAAACGCUGUCCAACUGCUGUCAUUUUGCGCCAUCAAAUAGCAAGGAGCGAUCAUACCGAAUACUGCCUCGAGGACAGCGAAGAGCCGCUUCAGCUAAAGAAUCGUCCGAUUUGUCAGGUUAUUCCAUCAAAGACGACAGCCUUUGCUCGUCUGCCACUCAGAGGCAGUCAAUUGACUCUGUAAUACUGUUCCGGGAUUACCCGCUCAAGAAGCCCAAGUCAUCUAAGGCGCCUGUCUGCAACCAACAGAAUGGAGGCGCGGUGGAACAGACUACGACCAUCGCGAACCAGUACGUUCAACGCACCAAUCUACCAGCAAACCUGUAGUCCG